AUUCUCUGCAGCAAUGCAACUAAAAGCGGAAACUUUAGCAAAAGCUCUAAAAAAAGUUUUUUUUUCUUUUUAAUAGUCUGUUACCCUAAAAUUGGUUUGUCUAGAACUAGGCGCUGCACUUUUGCAGUAUUUAGUGCGCUCCUAACAAGCUUUAAAAAUCUACUUAAAAAAAUAGUUUUUAUACUAAAUUAUACUUAUAACUGCAGCAGGUUUCCAAGGUAA